ACGGUAAACUAUCCUCCAAAGAUAUUGGUACCUCCAACAACCCAAACAGUUGUCAAGACAAGAAGUGUGUCACUGACGUGUUACUUGGAAGGAAAACCACUUUCUAAUGUAACUUGGUUCAAAGAUGGUCACCCAAUCAURCCUGCGAAAGACAACAGAAUAUCUSUAUCUUCRCCCACCUCAGUCAGUAAUACCAGUGCUACGAUUACUGUUACUAACGUSAACCGUACUGACGAGGGCAAGUAUUCCUGUCAGGCUGUGAAUGGUGUUGGUAAUGAUACCUCAUCUGGAGCAUCACUGACGGUCAACUGUAAAUUCAGCGGUAGUUCAACUCCCAAACACACUGGGAACAAACUCGUGAUGCACAACAUACGAAAUACUGGAGAAUACGAAGGAAGGUAUACAUGCAUCGCAAGCAGCAGGGCUGGGAAAACAGAAGAAUCUGCAUCGCUAACUGUACUUGUUCCACCAACAGAAAAAGCCGCUGCAUUGCCCCAAGGUGUCAUGCUACAGCUGGGACAAACCAUUAAACUAAAGUGUAAUGUGUAUGGAGAUCCUGAACCAUCUUUUGUAUGGACGAAAAGACUACCAGGAAAAACUGAACGGAUAAUGUUAGCUGAUCAAAAGAAGGCUAAGCUAGUUAUCCCAGACGUGCGUAUCGGAGAUGCUGCGUAUUACGGAUGUACAGCAACCAAUAGUCUUGGCAGCAUAACACUCAAAGAGGUUUUUAUUGAUGUCAACACUUCACUUGACAUCAUCAACAGUCGUAAACUCUUCAACGACAAUGAAGAAAGCUCAACCACCAUAAUAUGUAUUGCAUCUAGCGAAGCCUUCCCCGUGAAAGUAAAACUUUUCAAAGAUGGCAUAGAAUUAAAGACUCGAAGGGAUGUUUCAAACGACAAACAAGUGGUAACAGCGCAGUUAGACCUUACUAAAGUGUCAACAGAUGACUCUGGUAAAUACACGUGUGUGGCUAAACACAGACAAAAAGAGGUUAGGGCAGAUGUCUUUCUUACUGUAAAUGUACCAAUCAAAGUGGAAAUGGAUGUCAGUCUUAAAAACAAAACAUUCACAGACGAGCUUCGUGAUAACACUACUCAAGAAUACAGAAAUCUUACAGCUGAGUUUAUAGAAGAGGUACGAUAUUUAUAUAUGUUGGAUUACAUUGGAGCUUUAAUUGCGUAA